GCUCGGGCUCCGCCUGCACGGCCUCCCCUCUGCAGCCAUCCUCGCGGCUGCCAAGCGGCAAAGCCCACGGCAUCUGCCACUUGUCACUCAAGCCGUCGGCACCGCCCCGAGCCUUGAUUUAGGCGCGGCCGGGCGGAUUCUGGCCUCACUCUCCUGCUGGACAGACGGCCACACGGACGGGGCGGCUCUCCAGCUCAGCUCAGCUCAGCUCAGCGGGCAUCGCGCGGCACUUCCCCGGCUUUGCCGUCAUGGCCGCAGUGGCGACAGCCUGAGCUGCCUCGCCUGAGUUCCGCGGGACUCUCGACCCGAAGGGUACACAGUUUCUUUCUCAGCCCUUUGGAGGUAUCAUUCCAUUGACUUUCACUUCAGUGUUACAUUUUACAACGGAGUGUGUCCAGGUGUGGCCAUUUCAUUUAUCCUGGAUUGAUUGUGUUUCCUGUGUCUAAGGUUUUCUGACCUGAUGGAGGUAUUGGGACCAUGCCACCUCUCUCUGAAUGAUGCCCUUACCGUGUUACCAUGUAAUAGGAACAACUGAGAAACUAUGAGAUCUAACCAUGAUGAAGGGCUGGCAGCUUUGGGCCCACAAUCCAGGUUGUUCCUCCCUGAUUGAUAACAUAGUCAUCAUUGGCUUUUGGUUGCUCUACAUUUGAUGUGGCCUCUGUUUCGCAUCUAAAACUCCUCUGUACGUCAGACUUAGCCAGGUAUUUGCAUAGGAGUCAGAGGAGUUAAUCCUGUGUGACUCCUCACACACUUCUGAGAGGGCCUCAGGACCGCCUGAACGCUGACACCCAGCAGACAGCCUGCAGAUUACCUUUCUACUCGUGGAAUCUCAUCUGUGCCCAGACUCUCUCCUCUGAGCCUGAGACUGCACACACACUAGGCUGUGGGACAGCAGGAAGCAGAGCGAGUGGCUCCUGAGACCCAGCAUUUGGUCAGCGCAUCUGAAAAGGAAGGUGUGAGAAGCAAAACCCAUGGCUGCCUACCUUUGCCAGGUCUGUGGCCAGACGUUCCUCACCCUGGAGAAGUUCACUAUCCACAGUUUCACUCACUCCAAGGAGCGGCCUUUCAAGUGCUUGCACCCAGAGUGUGGCAAAGCUUUUGUUUCCAGAUAUAAACUAAUGAGACACAUGGCUACCCACUCACCCCAGAAAUCUCACCAGUGUGGUCAAUGUGAGAAGACGUUCAACCGCAAAGACCACCUGAAGAACCACCUCCAAACCCAUGACCCCAACAAGGUGUCCUUUGUGUGUGAGCAGUGUGGGAAGAAGUACCACACCAUGCUGGGCUACAAGAGGCACCUGGCCCUCCACAAGGCCAACAGCGGCGACCUCACCUGUGGGGUGUGUGCCCUGGUGCUCAGGAGCACAGAGGUGCUGCUGAUCCACCUCAAAUCCCACGCCGACGACAAGCCCCACGGGAACAAGCAGAAGAAGCACCGGUGCGACCACUGCGAGAGAUUAUUCUACACCCGGAAAGAUGUGCGGCGCCACAUGGUGGUCCACACAGGCUGUAAGGACUUCCUGUGCCAGUUUUGUGCCCAGAGAUUUGGGCGCAAAGACCACCUCACACGCCAUACCAAGAAGACACACUUACAGGAGCUGAUGAAAGAGAGUUUGCAGGCUGGAGAUUUCCUGAAUGCCUUCCACUCUCUCUCUCCUCAGUUUCAGCUGAAGGCUGCCACUCUGGCUCCUUACGCUCUAGGAGCCUCUGUGCAGAAUGGGCUCGCCAGUGGCUUGCCACCUGAGGUGCACACCCUCAAUCCCAUAGAGCCACCCUGCCAGCCUGUACCACCGCUGCCAGAGCCCCUGAUCCCCCUGCCGCCCAUGGCACCUCCCAGCUCUCCCCCUCAGCCCCUCCAGAAUCACAAGUACACCACUGCUACCUCAUAUCCCCCACUUGCAAACCUGCCGCUCAAAACAGAUACUAAAGGGUUUUGCAACUUCAAUUUGCUCGAGGAAUUGCCUCUGCAAGAGCCUCAGUCACCACACAGGCUCAACCCAGGUUUUGAUCUGGCUAAGGGUGGCGCUGGUAAAGUAAACCUGCCCAGAGAGCUCCCCAUCGAUGCUGUGAACAUAACAAUACCUGCCUCUCUGGAAAUUUCCCCUCUGUUGGGCUUCUGGCAGCUGCCCCCUCCUCCUACCCAAAAUGCCUUUGGGAAUAGUACCCUCGCCCUGGGGCCAGGGGAGCCUCUGCCCCAUAGGCUCAGCUGUCUGGGGCAGCAGCAGCAAGAGCCCUCACUGGCCAUGAGCCUGGGCCAGCUCCACCUUCCUCCCCUCCCCCACGUUUUCCCAGCAGGCACUGGCACUGCCAUCCUGCCUCAUUUCCAUCAUGCAUUCAGAUAAGUGGCUUAUAAAGCAUACUUUUCUUAUUCUGGGAGAGGUUUUAAGGAGCAUUUUAAAGUUUUAUGAAGCAUUUUAAAUGUCAGUUGUAAUACAAGGAAAGAUUUGGAAAGCAGGAUUGGGGAUAUGGCUUACUCAGUUACGACUGGCUUGAGAUAAGAGUUCUAGAACUGCAUGCAUCGUGCCAAUCUGUCCUGAGUGUUGAUGAUUUGUUCAUGCUUUGUACCAAAUGUAAUCACCAAGUAUUCUUUAAUGGAACUGCAACUAUCUAUUGUUAUAACCGACAUCCAGACGAGGGCUGCUAUAUAUAGUUGUCAAAUUGAGUUUAAUCGUAAGCCAUGAUCAUAAUGAUGUUAGCUAAAUAACAUCACCUGAGUUUGUCAUCUUUAUGUAGCACGGCCUAAGGAGGGAACUAUGGGAAGGUUUGGAUUUCUCCAAAAUGGGAGUUUUUUUUUCUUUUCUUUUUAAGUAUACCUUUAUAAAAGUAACCUUUAUAUUGCAUAUUAUAAGUAGACUUUGUAUUUUUUUUCUCCAGAAUUCUUCUACCUUUAGUUGGAUGUAGUGUAGUUACUAUUGCAUAGCCAACCUGUAGUUUUACAGAAACAAUUUCUUGUGGAAUAAUAGAUGUUUCCAUUUUAAACAAGCAUUUUAAAUGUAGUUUGAAUAUUUUCCACAAGAUGCUACAAUGCGAGUUAUCACUUCAUUUAUCUUAAAGACUAAACUGGUUGUCAGUUACAUCUGACAGAAAAAAAAUCACUGUGUAACCAGGUUAAGUGAUAAAAUAAUCCAAGUGUCAGUCAAAAAUAGUAUUUUGCUGACUUUAAUAUUGAUUAUAUUUUAACAGGAAUUUAAGAAAUAUUACUGGAAUUUAAAAUAUAUAUAUAUUAAACAAGAUUUUUUUUUCUUUGCUUUGUCUGGCUUAAAGUACUACUCUGCUUAAGUAUAUUUUAAUCACCAAUAAAUAAAUGCAUUUUAAAUUUUAUCAUGUAAUUCAAUAUUAGUUUUACUCAGAAAGAAUAACAUUUUUCAGUGUAACUGUAAUCUCAAAUUUGUAUCUAAUGAGUUUUAAGAAUAUGAAACCUAAUCUUUUUUUAAAAUUCCUUUGUCUUUUGUCUUUAGAGGCUUCCUAUAUGAAAAUAUAUCUUACAUUUAAUAAACUCUGCAAAUUCUGA